AUGGCUCGUACUAAGCAGACUGCUCGUAAGUCCACUGGAGGAAAGGCUCCUAGGAAGCAGCUAGCCACCAAGGCCGCCCGUAAGUCUACUCCCACAACUGGAGGAGUGAAGAAGCCUCACCGUUACCGCCCUGGAACUGUUGCUCUUCGUGAGAUCCGCAAGUACCAGAAGAGCACGGAGCUUCUCAUCAGGAAGCUUCCAUUCCAGAGGCUUGUUAGGGAGAUUGCCCGGGACUUCAAGACUGACCUCCGCUUCCAGAGCCAUGCGGUGUUGGCCCUUUAG